ACUGUCUUCUGGAUUGAUUGCGUAGGAUGUUUGGAUCAUUGCAAGACACUUUGACGACACUGAAAGAAUUUUAUUGAUCCCCCAGCACCCAAACGGAUUUUGACUCCAGGUCAUCCCCAUCCGCCUUUCUUUUUUCCUAAAACCCAUCAUCUUCCACUCCAUUUCUACCAAAUGGACCGCUACAGUUCCAGAGUCCCAAAAAUCUUGCUUCAGUCACCUGCUGUUGACUUCAUAGACAACCGCCUCCAAAAGUACCAUCCGGCUUUUGUAAAUCCCCAAUCGCAGUACAGCCCAGUCGCCAACAGCUACGUCUCUGUUGACACACUUACAACGAUGCAAGGACACUAUUCAUCUACAGCGUCGGUUGGCUGUCCAGGCGGGCCUUUCGUUCCCAGGCCAACGACAGCGGACGACGUAAAUUCAAUGGACUUUUGGGAUGACAUUUUCAAUGAUGCUAUGAGCCAAUUCGAGAAUGAGUUUCCUCGAGGUAUUACUACAUCGGCGACAUCUACGCCGAAGGACAAGGGCACCAACAAACAAAAGAAUGUUCAAGAUUAUGGCAUUAGGAAAAAGACAAGUUGGGAUGAAGUCUACGCUCAACUAGACGCUUCCCAAAACCAAUAUGUCUCAGAGGAAGGUCUCAAGAAUUUCCCAAGGAAAGUUUACAGAGCAUUUGGAAGACAUUCGCAUGCGAUCAAACAAGCUGUCAACCUCGUUCCGGACGAGCUUGCUAAGCCCGUCACGGAGGCUGUCAAGAUUGUACUUGAGGCUUUUGAAAUCGCAUCUGAGGCACGAGAAGAGGUUAUUCAGGGAUUCAGUGAUUUGCACCAACCGUUAUCGAGGAUUGAAACUUUGACCGCCAUCUUUAUGCUCGACGAAAAUAUUAGAAAGGCCUCAAUAAACCUCAUUGUCGCCGUAUUCAAUGCAAUUGAGCUUGCAAUUGGUUUCUUCACCAAGAGGACAGUUAUUCGUGGCAUGGCUGCAAUCAUCCAAAACAAACAAUACGCAAGCGAAUUGCGUAAUAGUCUCAGUAAUAUACAAAGCUGCAGCAAAACCCUAAUGGAAGAGGCUGAUCUUUCAAAUAUGUACGGAUCAAAACAGGCCAUGGAGAAUAUAUACCAGCUUUCAACUGACGUUUUGAAUCUGAUCAAACCUCUGCUCGAUGAUUACAGUGCCAAAAAAGCAGACUAUAUUGAACGCAUGGCCUUGGCCUUAUAUAAAGAAAACCAACAGCUGCGAUCUCGAGCGCCGUCUCCUGGACCAAACUCUGGGUAUCCGAUCAGCAAAGAUACCCUUUUGCGGUGCCUCGGCAUUCCAGAUCUUGCAGAUACCGACAUGCUACACAUCACCGAGAGAAAAUGGCAACUGAAAACAACGGAACGGUCACGCGCAGAGCAGAUAGUCAACAAUCACAAGUUCAAGGGCUGGAUAGCAUCUCAGACCUCUGCGAGCCUGCUCGUCCACGGUAACUUUGAGAUGCGGAAUCAGAACGUGUCGGCCUUGUCGCUGUUAUGCUGCACCUUGAUUGAAGCUUUCCGCACACAAGCGCGCUUCAUUUCGCUCGUGUUCUUCUGCGGAAGCCAUCACGACGACGACGAUCCGUUUGCAAGUUGCACGGCAAUGAUCAAGAGCUUGGUUGCACAGCUCCUAUCCCAGCACGAGUUCAACCUGAGAGACCUGCCCUACCAGCAAAAUAGGAUCCAGGAGGGCAACUUCCAGGAACUCUGCUGUUUGUUCGUUUACCUUGUGCGGCAACUGCCGCGGAGUGCGACACUGUUCUGCCUGAUUGAUGGCAUUGUCUACUACGAGCGGGAGGAAUUCUUGGAUGGCAUGCACCUGGCUUUCAACUACUUCUCGCAAAUGAUUGCGGAUCCAGGCAUCGAGGCGACUUUCAAGCUCCUUGCUACUAGUCCUACCAGGACGACUGAUUUACGACAGUACUUCCCCGACGAUUGGAUCUUGUCCAUGUCUUCUCUUCAAACAAGCAAUUUGGGGCCAAGUGAAAUGCGUGUUUGGAGGAAACUUGGCGACAUGGAAGGGGAAUAUUCUCGAGAAGACGAGAGGUUACCGUAG